CGUGCCCUCCUGGGGAGGUGAGCAGGAGGUGGGGACAGGAAAUCCCAGGAGUCCUGCCUCUGAGGUUGAAUUCUCCUAGAAGAACUUGGCUUUCUUCUUCCUCCUAGUGCUUUUGGAAUCCCUCAGCCUGUCACUCACCGGUUUCGUCACUCUUCGAUGGACAGAGUUUUUGCAGUCAAACGUGCCACUUACCGGCCGCUGGAUCUCAGGACUUAAGAUGUCUUCAUCUGCCAGGCUUCGCAGAAGACAAUAUGGAAGCUCUUCGGUAGCUAAAAGCAGCAAGCCAUAUAAACCUUUUCUGCCGACUUCUUAUUCUCCCCAAGAGGGCUACUUAAAGGAGGGUGAAGACAUGCUAAGCGUUAAAGAAUUACGGCGGAAUGUGGCUGAUUAUUCAAAAAGGCACGAAGAGAACCACAAGCGGCCCCAGUCCACUCAGUUCGGUGAUGCCGGUGGCAGGGACGCUCGGAAAGAACGGCUUUUCCAGCACUUUUUUGAAGUGGUUCAGAAAGAACGUGAUCGAGAGAGACCUUCAGAUUGUGUUAUUGUUUCUAUCAACAAUGAGCAAAGGGAAUAUGCAACAGGCAUAGGUCAUCGGUUACAGGAUCACGGCCUUGUGGUGGAAAUGAUUCACCUCUCCUCCGAGUCAAGUCUUAUGAGAGCGCUCCAGGAAGUUAAGGAUGAUAGGUCGCCAUUUUGCAUUCUUGUUGAACAGUCUAAUGUAAAACUUUCCUCUUGCACUGUAAUUAUACUUCAUGAGUCUAUCAAAAUACAUCGUCAUAUGCCCCUGGAAGAUGCCCUGGACCUGGUGGCUAAAGAAUACAGGAGAUUUUUCUCGAAACGGGAGCAGCGGGAACGGGCUGGAAUUGCUUUGCAGGCUGGAGAUCUGGUGGAUGACUUCUUGGCCCGGGAGCGCCUGACCAGCUACUCCGUCCCAUCGGGCAUUCAGCACCUCCUCUUCCUGUUGAGUGAGGGAAUGCAUUUGUAUGGGAAUGAGUUGAAUCUGCUCAUUGACUACCUGAAGACCAGGAAAGGGCACCUGGAAGGCUUUGAGACACUUGAGUCUUUGGCUACCAGUGAUCAUUCCUCAUUUCAAGGAAGGAAUACCCCUGUCGUGGGCAAGCCGCCUCCGCUUCUUCCAACCCCUGGAAAGCCCUCCUUCUCGGGCCCUCAUCCCCCACUUCCUGCCAAGUCCCCAUUGUUAGGGGACAGACCGGGAGGGGGUCUCCUUCCACCACCAGGACUGGGCAACCCCAAAGGUCUGUUUGCCCCUCCCCUGCUCCCAGCAGCCCCCUCCAAGAGACCUGCUCCUUUGGGAUGCCUCCCGCCCAAGCGUGCCAAGCGCCCACUGCUUGGGGAGAAACCAGGCCUUCUAGUACCACCUCCAGCUCUUCAGUCAGUGCCGCACAAGCAGACGGCGCAGCCCCCAUCUCUGCUGAAAUAGGAAAGCUCCCGGAGCCAGGAGAACAGAGUGGCUGCUGCUCAGAUGGCGGCUUCACCCUCCUUCAAGGACUGAGUGAGGCCCCUGUCUGACCCCAUGGCACUGCUGUCUGGGCCGUGGGUGUGGAUGUGCGUCCCUUCUGCCCAGUAACGUGGUCCCGUGGAAACGUGUUUCCUGUUUGGAGUCUCUGUGCCAGGUAGAGAUGUGUGGAAGGUCAUUGUUGUAGAAAUUGGAUCUUGAAGUUGUUCAAUUAUAUACAUACUAAAAUAAAAUAAAAACUUUUAGCUUUUACAUA